GACAGAUCUGACCUCAUGAAAUCCCCGUGGAGGAAACAAGAACAAAAUGAAACAGGGACGAAAGAACUGUAUCGCAGAAAAAGUGGAAAGAAGCCUCCGACACAAGAUCAAAAUGCAGCUGGAGACACGAGGAACAACAGAACGUGUUUGUUUUUAGAUCGACCGCCGGGGAACCCUGCCACGGACGCAGUUGGAGCGACUGGUGAAAACAAAUCUGGCCUCAUGAAAACCCAGUGGAGGAAACUAGAACAAAACGAAAAAUGGACAAAACAAUAUGCUGGAAAGCUUUUAAGUGACAUACAGAAAGCUUGUGUUAACGACAAAAACAUUUCAAACAUUCGCAUUUUGCUUCUGGGGUCGGUAGGAGCUGGAAAAUCAUCAUUUCUUAACACAGUAGCAUCUAUUGAUAGAGGAAGAAUAUCACAGAUAACCAUUGCAGGGGGAGCUGAUGGCAGUUUGACUUUUGCGCUGAAAGAAUAUUGGCCACAAUACAAACUUAAGAACUUCAGAAUUUUAGAUACAAUGGGCGUGGAGGACAAUGUUCAAGGAGGACUCAAUCUUAAUGAUGUUCUGUACCUUGUCAAGGGUCACAUUCCACCUGAUUAUAAGUUUAAUCCUGCCACACAAAUUGAUGAAAGAAGCCCAGAGUUCAGGCCAGAGCCAAAAGAUAACGAGAAAAUUCAUUGCGUGGUUUUUGUAUUAGAUGCAACUGUCGCCGGGAAUGACAAUAUUUCGGAUGCGAGAAGAAGAAAAAUAAAAGAGCUACAAACUGCGUUAAAAGCUAUCAAUAUCCCACGGAUAGUGUUAUUAACAAAGAUCGAUGUACUCUGUGAAUUUGUUGAUGCAGAUAUAGAGAAUACUUACAAAAGUGAAAAAGUUAAAGAGGCUGUAAAUGUGGCGAAGGAACUGUACAAGCUUCCGGAGAACUGUGUUUUUUUCCGUUAGAAACUAUGAACGUGAGGUUGAGGCGGACUAUAAGAAAGAGAUACUGCAUCUUCUAGCUCUCAAGCAAAUGAUUAACUUUGGAGCUGAUUUUCUCGACUCUGUAUCUGCCAGUGAUCAUGAAGAAUCUUAGAAAUAUGAAAGGGGACAAACCAAGAGAUUUUCUACAUUUUAUUCCUUAAAGGUGUAUGUCUUUGAUAUCAUUGUCUUUUAACAUAGUGUAUGAUCUGACUCUCUGUCAGGAUAAAUUUGAAUGAUAGACAAUAGUCUCGUAAAAUGAGGACAUUACGAAUGCAUGUUUAUCAUUGGGUUAAUGACGAUUAUCUUAUUUUUUAUACUUUUGUUACUUUAUUUUGGAUGUGCAAAAAAAUCAAUGAGUAUACCAAAAUCUGCAUAACUGUGUUAUAGUUCAAAACCUUUCUGACUCCCUUUUAUAUUCAUAUAUAUAACUAAGAUUUUAUUAUAUUAGAAAAUAUAAUUAAUUAAGAA